GUGGGCGUCAUUCGGCCCUGGCAGUGUAGAGGAGUGUCAGGCUCUGCAGCGAGAGCUCCACAAAUGGUUCUCCGAAUCCCUCUGCGCAGAAGUGCCAGCUUCACCCCUGACCCCCAGCCCUUGGUGGAGGUGCCCAGUCCUGCCAUGCAGAGAAUGGAAGCAAAUGUGCUAGUUCUGGGAGCAGACCAUGUGGGAAAAUCAGCCCUGACUGUGCGCUUCCUCACCAGGCGCUUCAUUGGGGAAUAUGGAGAUAUGAAAUCCAUCUACAGCCACAGCCUGGCUGUGGAGGGCAGGGAGAUCCUCUUCCACAUUUGGGACUUCUCUUAUUCACAGGAUGGAGCAGAUGAAAGCUCUGCAGAGGAGAAGAGGGUCCAAUGGGCAGAUGGUUUUAUCUUGGUCUACAGCAUCUGUGAUCGUGCCAGCUUCAACAUCCUGCACCCCAAAGUCCAGUUUAUUAAGGCAACCAAGGAGGCCACUAGCCAGGAAAAGGUGCCCAUUGUCAUUGUGGGAAACAAACGGGACCUGCAUCACCAGCGGGUGGUCUCCAGUGAGGAGGGGCGGCUCCUAGCGCUGUCUGCGGACUGCGGGUUCUAUGAGGUCUCUGCGGCCGAGGCCUAUCACGGGUCACUCAUGGUCUUCCAGGGGCUGGCUGAGCGCUUCUGUGAGGCCAAACUGGCACCGAAGAGGGGCACUGGGAUCCGCAGCAUCGUAAAGAGCAUGUCAGCGGUGUUUGCCCGGAAGAGAACAGACUCGCUCUGAGUUGGAGCCUGGGCAUUGUUUCUCCAUGUGCUUUCAGGUGGGAAUGCCACUGUGCCUGGUCUCCAUUGUUAGAUUAAUCCCCCAGUGCCCAUGGAGGGGGGCAUAUGUUUGGAUGAGUAAACUGCCCCCCCACCAAUGCUUCCAGCUUCAGGGUGAUGGUGGAGACUGCCUAUGCUGCAAUAUAGGCUCACUGCAACCUUUGCCAUAGACCCUUUCCAUAAUGACUCCUGGGAGACCAUCCUGUCCAUCCUGGGGGCCGGAGCACUUUUGUACAAUUACUAGCACAGUGCCCAGAUGAGCUAUAAAUGUCCCAAGCUCCCACUUUUCCUUUGCAGAGAUAAUUCCUCAAUUCCUAUAUUUCCCUGUUCUUAUUUAUUAUAUAUAUUACAGCAACUUCCAGAGACCUCUGUCAGGGUUGGGGCCCCAUUGUGUUGAGCUGUCUUCACCCUACUACGUCUAGGUGCCCCUUGGUUUUACUGUUUUAUGUAACUACUUUCUCAGUACUGAAAAACUCCAAGGUAUCUUCUUGCUGGUUUUGUACCCUGUGCACUCUUGGGCCCUCAGCUGUCCUGCCUUUUCCUGUGAGGACAGCUGAGGAUGGAGGAGUAGCCAUCCUUCUCUGGCUUUCUUCCUCUUAGCCCUCCAUUCCUCAGAGUUAUCUCAUUGGGAACAAACACUUGGCCUGUGGCUGUUUCUGACACCACUGCUGUAGCAUGUGAGCAGUUCCCAGUCUGCUGUUCAUCCUCACAACAGACACGUGUGGCCAGGGAGUCCCAUUGUGCAGGGGGGUAAGUGAGGUACAUUGAAACUAUGUGAGACUUAGUCACUCAGGAAGUCUAUUAUAGAGCAGGGAAGGGCACCCUGGCCUCAAGAGUCCCACCUGGAGGUGGCACCAGAGGAUGUACCUUUACUGUUUGGCCCUUUCCAGAGCUACCUUAGCUCUGGAAAGGACAUGAAGAGCAAUCUGCAUAGGUUGAUUGCAGGUGGCAGUCUCCUCUUCCAUGCUCUUUGGCUUCUUAGAUGUCUGCAUUUUCAACUGGGAUUUAGAGUUGUGGCCAAGCCCUUCUCCAGCAUCCCAUCCCAUUCGUCUUCUGUGAAAUCUUAACUGGUUACCAAGUUGUUAUGUUGUGAUUAGGUGCCUAGAGCUACCCUUGCCAACUAGCUUCUUCUCCUGGUCUUUUACUUACAACGAGCAUCUCUGGUUAAAAUGACAUAUUGGCCAAACGUGUAAAACUGGGCAAGAUACGGUGACGUGGCUGGUUCCUGGGACACAACUGUGGGGCAAAAUACGGUGCGUCUGUCCUGGGUUCUCAGGAGGCAUAGUUUGUCUGCCCAGUGCUCACCCACCCCCUGGGGUUGAAGGAAGCUAUGUGGGGAAGGGCUGAAGUCUGAAUGGAUCAGGCUAUCUGGCUUCUUCCUGAAAGCCCCAUUCCACCCUGAAUGUGGAGACAAUGCUCCCCUCAACCUGCCCCAUGCCCUUCACCAGUGCCUUGGGAGGCUCCUGCCAUGUGAUGUUGGUGCCUCGCAGUCCCUGAGUGUAAAUAAGAGGAUGUGGCUGUAAACCCAGUAAUUUCUGUGCUGAUAUGGUAUGUAAAUUAAAUAAACCCCCUUAUGCCAGAA